UUUAAAAGUUCAAACAAACCCCUGGCUCCUGUGACCAAAUGUUUUUUGCCUGUUUGCUUUUGCCUCAGAAGACCCAUACUGAUGAUCCUGAUUCAGAUAAAAAAAGUCAGUUGGAUCCCUAAGGUGUUAUCAGUUGCUCCAUAACAAAAGAAGACCCCCUCCUGUGGAGCCUGAUUCAGUUAAAAAAAAAAAAAGUCAGUUGUAUCUAAGAGGUGCCUUUUAUUACAGUACCCAUAACAGAUCAAACAAACCCUAGGCUGCUGUGGUCAAAAAUGUUUAUGUCUUUUGAUGAUGUGGUGGUUGCUACUGUUUGCAGGCUAUAUCAACAUGGAGCCUGUAACCAUAUGUUUGGGAUGUCAUUAACUUCACCUUCAUAGUAGGUGUGUUUUACCUACUCUUACUGUAUAUAUAGUCACCAUUCAGCUGAGGUAGGGUUUACCAAACUUCAUCACCUUUUUGAAGAGGACGCUUUCUCCUAACGCAUUUCUUGCAUUUUCACAUCUCGGGGUAAUUUCUACCAAUGGUGUCUUUUCCCUGUAAGUAUACCCAUUUUUUUAUCUACCACAGUUAUUUUUUCUUCCAAUAAUACCUGUUUGUUUUUUAUAGUAAAAAUGUUGUUCUUAACAGUUUUAUUUGUUAGGUUACAUGGCCAGUGGUAGCAACCGCCACGACAGAGGUAUUGAAAACUUUCAACCUGGUGAUAAUGAAGUGCCUUCAACCAGCUACUGGGGAACACCUUUUCAGCGGAGGGGGAUCUUACAACCCCUAAACCAACUUUCAAAAGGUAUGUACAUGAUAAAAUGUAGAUGUUAAAAUAAUACUUUGAUGAUUAAUACAUAUGAUUAUUAUACCUAAAUACUAAAGUGUUUGUGUGUGUGUGUCUAGAAGAAGAUUCGGACUUUGAGGAACCAAAGAGCAGGCUUAAAAGACCAAAUAGACUUCAAUCGGGCCCUGUAAAAAAGAGGCAAAAGGAAGAGAAGGGGCGCCAUAGGGUUCAAGUGCAUACAAGGUAUGUAUAAGAUUACGGUAUUCUAUCUGUAUCUACGAUUAUUUAUUUUUUUAUGUAUGUACUAAGUUUUUUUUUUUUUUCUCCUAAUGUCAUGCAUCAGACCGGUAAUUAAUGAGGGCAACAUUGACUCAACAUUGGAUGCAGUUGUGUUGGCUUCGGUUACCGAGACGAUUCGACGUGAAGAGGCAGAGGACGUGUGUGCUGUCGUGGAUCAAUUGAAGUCGUUAUUAGCAGCGCAGAGACAGCCGACCGCAAAGCUUGUGACAGAUAUUUCUCAAGAAGAAGAGGACAUUCAGCAGGGUGAGCGGGAACCAUACAGUGAAUGGGGGGAGAAUUUGAGUGUACCAUGUGGUUAUCCUAAGCUGGAUUGUUUUGAUUCACUUGUUGAUUUUGAGGAGAAAACCUCUGACACACUCCCUGCAACACAAACGUGUGUGGGGGAGGAUAAUGAACAGCCUGGUUCUUCAGAACAAUUAGAAUUACUCGUCUGGAGCGACCUCGAGGAUAUGUUGCUAUCCUCACAACGACAGGCAAUUCAUCCUGAUCAAUUACGUACACAAAGUGUGGUUGACUGUUGUGUCACUGAGGAUUUGUCAUUAGGGGGUGGGGUUGAUAUUGGCAACCGAUUUGAUAAAUUCGAAUGCAUGGUGAACAGUAAAUUAGCAGAAAUACAGAGGGAUAACAAAGAACAAUAUGAGUCUUUGAAUAGUAAAAUAGCCGAAUUAGAAAAACAAAACAACAACUUAUUAAAUACUGUUCUGGCUGAGUGUAAAUCAGAUCUAUUAUAUAGAGGUAUUCUGACUUCUGACAUCUGUGCCCUGCAUGCAGCCAGUGGAGAACUGGUUAGAAUCCAGAAUAAUAUGGUUACGGGUCUAUCACAUAUAUCAAACAUCCUAAAAAGCAGGUCUUCAUCAUAGUGCUCAAAUAUUAGCUGAUAACAUGUCACCUCCUAGAAAAAUUUUCAAAUAUAGUGAUGACGCUGGUCGUAACGCUGCUAAUGAUGAUGAUGUUAAUGAAGUUGAUAGUGAUGAAAUCUCUCAUGUCCCUCAUACUGUCGAAGAAUAUAUUACCCAUAGUGACCAAAAUGCAAUGGGCCAUGGGCUACCACAAUUACCCUGUGUAAAAUACAAUACUGAAACUAUCAGAAAGUGGGGUGUAUUCACCAAUGCUAGGCUUGAUUCUAUUUUAGCUGAUUUGUCUACUAUUAUUCCCUCUGUAAAUAUUCCGCUUUCUGAUGCUGCUGCUGCUGCUGCUGUUGCUGUUGCUUCUACUUCUGCUUCUGCUGCAGAGACAUUUGACAUUGUGUCUGUCUGCCAUGAUUAUAAUAAUGCUUUGAUCACAGUUAAUGAUAGUGUUGAUAAUCAUGAUGACGAUGGUCGUAACGCAACCAAUGAUGAUAAUGUCAAUGAAGUAGACAGUGAUGAUGAAAUCUCUCAUAUCACGCACACUGUCGAACAAUAUAAUGCCGUUAGUGACCAAUAUGCAAUGAUACAUGGUUUACCACAAUUAUCCGGUGUAAAAUACAAUACCAAAACUAUCAGAAAGUGGGGUGAAUUUACCAAUGCGAGGCUUGAUUCUAUUUUAAGUGAUUUGUCUACUGUUGUUCCUACUGUAAAUGCUCUGGUUUCUGGUGCUGAUACUGCUGUUGCUGCGGCUACAGAGACAUUUGACACUGUGUCUGCCUGCAAUGACGAUAAUAAUGCUUUGAUCAGUGCUAAUGUUGAUAAUCAUGAUGUGAGCAGUGCUACUGCUUUGAAUAACGAACACCAUGGCUUUGUGGGCUGUAAUGGCGAAGCUUCUCAACGUGUAGACAGUCUUAGCAGAUGCGUACAGGAUGGGGCGGGUAGAGUUGUAGAAAACACCCGUGCCCCUGUUAGAGAUAUACAAAUUAGAAACAUACCCGAAUUUAAUGCCUCUGAAUUGCGUCAGCGUGUUGAUUUUAGGGAUAUUAAUCUUGAUAAUCCCGAGCAGGUACCUAAUCGAGUUAGAGAGAGACUGUCUGGUGUGAUUGAGAGAGCCUUAGAGGAUUCCCCACCCCCCAGUGUUUUAAAUGUCAUCUUGAGGGGCCCAUCACUGGCUAGCGAUGUACAAGCCGUCUUAAACGCAGAUAAUGAAUACAAUGUGGAUUUGUUCAUGGAGGAAAUAUCACAGGUCUUACAAAGCAAUGAUGAUUCUAUGACGGAUGAUGAACUGGAGUUUAUUGUUACAGUUGCUAGGGAUAGUCGUGGUGGAUCACAUCGUCUGAGAUUGGGUCAAGUUUCCUAUGAGGAAAUUUUGGCCAAAAAAGGUCGACAUCUGUACAAUCCUGACAACAUGGGGGACAACAAUCUAUGUUUUUCUAUCUGUCUUGCACAUUUUGUUAACAAUGCUAUGGCUGGAGAUGAAAAAUUGGAAUAUGCAAAACAGCUGUACACUGCAGUCGGUUUUGAUCACAUGCACAAAGUGUCGUUCUCCGAUGUCACCAAAUUUGAGAAACACCUAGACAUGAAAAUAAUAGUCUUCCAUCAUGGCUCUGCGCGUAAACGCUUGCAGUGUUUCCAAACAUGCGACGCACCACACAAGCGUACAGUCUGGUUAUACUUACACAAUGACCACUACUAUCUGAUUGAAAACCAGACAGGGUUUUUCGGGGCUUCAUAUGUGUGUGAGUAUUGCUAUGAUACGUAUGAAAGGCCUCUGUACCACAACUGUAAGCAUAGCUGCAAUGUUUGUUUUACACAGGAGUGUCAUACGUACCAAGGUCGCACGUUAAAGUGCCCUGACUGUAAACGCAUAUGUAAAUCACAAUUCUGUUUCAAGCAACACAAAGUACCUGAAGUAAAACACAAAGUUAUACCAUGUACAGCAUUAAAAUACUGUGAGGCAUGUGGAAAAACAUACAAGCUUGGUAAAAAAAAAAAUGCACAAAUGUGCACCCCUUGUCUGUUCACACUGUGGUGAACAAAGAUUGGAAAGCAGUGUGCCACACGAGUGCUUUAUCCAACCAAUCGAGAAGGGUGAUCCACAGAGAAAGUACAUCUUGUUUGAUUUUGAGACACGUUUUCACGAUGGCAAACACGAGGCAAAUUUUGUGUGUUCAAUGGAUAUUGAUGGAAACAAGUUUUGUUUCAACACAUUAAAAUGCGUGGAUGCAUUUGUGAAACGGUACAGACAGCCCAAAUACAAGGGGUAUACGUUCAUUGCGUAUAACGCAUCAGGCUUUGACAACUACAUUCUGCUUGAGUACUUUGUCAAACAAAGGAUUACGCCUAUGGUGACGAUGAGAGGUAGCAGGGUCAUUCUGAUGUACGACCAUACAUACCAACAGAGGUGGAUUGAUUCGUUCAGUUUCUUACCCAUGAGACUGGCCAAAACACCUGCUGCUUUGGGGUUUGAGGAUUUGGAGAAAGGCUAUUUUCCCCACAAAUUUAACACUAGAGAAAAUGAGCACUACAAAGGCUCAUACCCCGACCCAUCUCAAUAUGGGUACGAAACCAUGUGUGAAAAUGAGAAAACCUCGUUCAUGCAAUGGUAUGACACAGUCCGAAAUGAAACUUUUGAUUUUCAAGCUGAGAUUCGUCGCUACUGUGUUAAUGAUGUGGAGGUGUUGCGCCGGGCAUGCACCAUUUAUCGUGAAACAUUUCUCGAAUGUACACAGCUUGACCCGUUUUCGUUUACCACUCUACCCUCCAGUUGUAUGGGUGUAUUCAAAACACUGUUCCUCCCCAGAGACACUGUAGCCCUCACAUAUGAAGGUGCAUACACCAAACAGAAUAAGACAUAUUUAGAUG